AUGGAUUCUGAGAUCGAUGAAACUUGGUCUGAUACCUCCGAGGAGGAUGAUUGCCGCGACAUCACUCCCAUUCAAUCACGUGCGUAUCAGAUAGAGAUGUUCGAGCAUAGUAUGAAAGAGAAUGUUAUCAUUGUGAUGGCUACCGGUGUUGGGAAGACCCAAAUCGCCAAACUUCGCAUCCAGGCAGAGCUGGAACGUUCGCCGAACAAACUCGUCUGGUUUACUGCCCCUAGUGUCGUCCUCGCGUAUCAGCAAUAUCGGUUCCUUUCCCAACAGCUCCCAGCCUACAAGUUCCGGCUCAUUACUGGUAUGGACAACGCUGAAUAUUGGACUUCCCUAGAUAUCUGGCAAAAAGUACUACAUCAUGUUCAUGUUGUCGUUUGCACUCCAGCCAUCCUGCAACAGGCUCUUAAUCAUGGAUUCGUGGCUAUGAAGAGUAUGUCCUUGCUGGUCUUCGAUGAAGCCCACCACUGCGUGAAAGACUCGCCCAUGAAUUCGAUCAUGAGACAUCACUACCAUCCAAAACUCGUUCCGGAAACCCUUCAUGAACUCCCGCAUAUCCUUGGCUUGUCUGCGAGUCCGAUCACCAAGAAGAACAGGGAUGAAGUGUCCGAGCUGGAAAAUAAUCUCAAUGCAACUUGCAAAAGUCCCCUACAGCAAUUGGAAGAAUAUACUGCUUUCGUCAACAUUCCAGAGCCCGUGAUACUGCCACACAGCCCAAUUCCGCAUCACUGUUCAAAUCUGCUUAGUCUAUUGACUGCCGCUGUUUGUGCCGUCAAUGUCGAGCAAGAUCCAGUCGUUGCAGCCCUGCGACGAAGCAAGGAUCGGUAUGACCAAGAGAAACUGGAAAAGAUCUUCAAGAAGCAACGCACGCCGGCCAUGGAAGAAAUGCAAGCGCUUGUGCGAUCGUGCACAGACAUACAACAUAACCUCGGCGCUUGGGCCUGUGACAUGUUCAUCAAGAAAUGCGUGGAGAAUCUGGAGCUUACAUCGUCUCGUGAACUUGAGUCCGUCGCGACCGAAUCUCCUUUCGCGGAGAAGAGUGUCUUCAUAGCUUCCACACUGAACACUCUACAUUUACCUCUUCGCAUGGCUAACCUGGACCUGAACACAGCCGGCAGCGUAUCCUCGAAGGUGAAAUUGCUUGUGGAGUUUCUCCAAGAAUGCUAUCAACCUGACCUCCGAUGCCUCAUUUUUGUCAAGACAAGACCAACCGCGUGGUCACUCUCUGAUAUCAUCAACAGUCAUCCAGUCACUCAAGACCAAUACCGCGCGUUCUCCUUCGUCGGGGUGUCUAAUCCAGCACACAGAGGGGUCUGUGAUUUCGCAGAACUACACACCCAACAUGACAACUUGGAGAGUUUCCGACGCGGUGAGCUCAAUGUCUGUGUUGCCACUUCGGUGCUUGAAGAAGGCGUUGAUGUACCAGCUAUGAACUUGGUUAUAUGUUUUGACGAGCGGCCGAAUUUUCGAAGCUUUAUUCAGAGCCGAGGCAGGGCUCGUCAGAGAGAAUCUCGAUUUGUCAUGUUUCCCGAAGCUGCUUUGAAAAGAAGCCAAUGGCAAGCAUUAGAAGAUGAGAUGAAUGAGGAUUGCCGAAAGUCUCUGGAGUCUGUCGAGCAACGGGAGAGGAUAGAGAGAGUCGACGAGGCCGAUGGUGAGGUGUUCAGAAUUGCGUCGACGGGGGCUGUUUUGACGUUUGCAGAAGCACGGCAACACCUGGAUCUGUUUUGCGCAAAGCUGCCGAACAAAGACAUUUCUGAACAUACGGCUCCGGUCUUCGUACUUGAAGGCCAGCCCGGCGUGAAGCUACAUGCAAAGGUCUACCUUCCGUCUUCAUUGCCACCCAGUCUACGGACAGCAAAAUCAAGAUCUAGCUGGCUGACGGAGAAAAGAGCCAAGCAAGAUGCUGCCUUCCAAGCAUAUCGAGCGCUACACGAUGCUGGACUCGUCACAGAUCAUCUGUUACCUUCGGAUUGGCCGAAAGGUCAGAAGGCUUCGAAAGAGGUUGACGGAGUUGAGAAGAGAGACAGUCUCUACGACGUGGAGAAGCAGUACGAUCCCUGGCCGAACAUCAUAGGGCUGUGGGGAGCAUCUGGUUCACCUACAGUCUACGCUCAUCGCCUCAAGAUAGAGGCGCCGGACUGUGUCUACCCUUGCAUGCUCUUACUUCUGCCUGUCAAGCUCUCAAAGCUGUCAUUCUCUCUUUUCAAGAAUAGUGCAGCGUUGCAGGUUACGAUUGGUGUUGGGUCGGAGAGGCAGGGCUUCCCACUCAACGUCGCAAAAGAAAUCACGUUCCUGCUCUUGACAUCAGUGCUCGGUCGAAGGUUGACAGGGCUCCGGAAGGAGCACUUGCCAUCCCUCUUCGUGCCUGAUAUGGAGCAGAGCUCGCUCCCGGACUGGUGCGACGCAGCCUCAACAAGCAUACCAAUGAUCGACUUCGACCCAAUGAACGACACGAGUCGCCGGUCGUACCUUGUGCAGCACAAGAAGAGCAAGGUGCCUUUCCUUUGGCAACCGAAUGCACUUCAUUGUGAUGGCCAUCAACCAUAUGACGUUCAUGCACGCAACCAGCCAACGUCGAUCAGCGUAACGUCGCUUCCAAGAACACUAGAGUACCUGCAGCAGGGAAAUAAACCAGUCUUUGUUCAAGACGUCGUCAAAGAGCUGCUGGUGGACGAAUGCUCGGUGCUAGGUCUCCCAAGUGAGUAUGGCACCCUUAUGUUGUUCAUACCGUCUGUCAUGCACGUGCUGGAAAUUGCUCUACGGUCGGCUGCGGCAUGUGAGGGCCCGUUAACGACAAUUGGGCUGGAUGAUCUUGACCUGGUGUCACAUGCUUUGACAUUACCUGGAGCCAGCCACACGAGAAACUACGAAAGAUUCGAGUUUAUUGGCGACGCAAUCCUCAAGUUUUAUGCCGGACUACAUGUCUUUGCCGACCAUCUAAAUUACCCAGCAUAUCACCUAACCAGAAGCCGUGGGAAGAUCAUCAACAAUGCACGCCUACAGCGAGCGACAAGAGUUCUAGGCCUAGGCCAAUAUCUUUCACGUAAGGUAUUCGCAGCGAAGGAAUGGGUCGCUGGAGUCAGUGAAUUGAGACCAUUGGUGAAGCAGCCCUUGAAGGGGAUCUCAUCGAAGACUCUGGCUGAUGUAGUUGAGGCUGUGAUCGGAGUGGCCAGUGUCAGUGGUAUCGAGGGAGCAUUCUCCGAGGAGAAAGUUCUGGCAACCCUGAAGCUGUUCCUUGGGGAAGUUGCAUGGAGGCCGCUCUCAGAGAUCGUGGCACAGAUACAGCCCCCGGAGCAGGUGUCAGAGUUCGCAGCCGACAUGUUGGCGCCAGUCGAGAGCAUGAUCGGCUACUCCUUUCAGCGUCGCAGCCUCUUGGCAGAAGCCUUGACCCAGUCAAGCCUUGCCAGCGACGUGCGGUCAACCUACGACCGGCUGGAGUUCCUGGGUGACUCCGUGCUCGAUUACAUAGUUGUCCCAAAACUAUUCCACACUUCCCUUCGACUUGGGCCAAACCAGAUGUCAGUCCGCCGUCAUGCCCUGGUCAGUCAUCAAACUUUGGCAUUCUUCGCACAGAAGACUUGUUACACACGCAGCUCCUUCCAGGUGCACACAGAUCCUCGCACCAAGAAAAGCACCGACAAGGAGCAGCAAGAGACGGUCUAUCUCACCGACUACAUCCGUCAAGUGGGCAAACAACAAGCGCGGGAGCGACGAGCAACAUUGUCGACCUUCGGUGAGAUUCAACCCUCAAUUCAGGAAUCUUUUGUUUCCGGGAUGCAGUUCCCAUGGACUCUACUCUCCCGUCUCGGAGCACCGAAGUCUUUUUCAGAUAUCGUUGAGUCCAUCCUGGCGGCUGUCUUCAUCGACUCCAAAGGCAAUCUGGAUGCCUGUGAGGCAGUCCUCGAGACAAUCGGAUAUAUGUGUCUCGUCCGUCGGCUCGUCAAUGAAAGAGACAUUGAUACUCAACAUCCAGAGUCAAAGCUGAAUGAGGUUAUUCAGACCCAGUUCCAUGAGGCUGCUAAGCCUCCUGUAAAAAUCGUGACCCAAGAGCGGAAGAAGAAAGGUGAACCUGGCACGGAUUGGCGCUGCAGGAUAAUGCUCGAUGGAAAGCCAAUCGCACGUGUGAAGCAUGCAAGUUGCAGUGACGAAGCACGUUACAUAGCUGCAGAGAGGGCCGUGGAGAUGCUGCAGAAGAAAAGAAAGAGAGAACCCACAGAGGUGCAGCAAAAUGCGCAAAAAGAGCGGCGCGAGCAAGAAGAGGAUGUAUCAAAUGCCUGCCUGGACGCACGUGAGUGGCAAUGA